AGAGAGAGAGAGAGAGAGAGAGGAGCAGAGGCGAGGAGGAGGAGGAGGAGGCGGCGGCGGCAGCGGCAGGCGAGAGGGCCGAGGCUGCAGCCCGGGCCUGGCUUGGCCUUGGGGCUGGGGUUGGCGAGCCAAUGAGGGCCCGGACCCCGUCCCUGGCCGCCUCCGGAGCCGCCAGGAGCCCCCCCUGCCGACCCCCGGCCCUGGAGAGGAAGGCGGGCGGAGGAGGAGCGCAGGGACCCCAUGCGGCGGCUCCAGGAGAGGUUCCGGAGAUUCAUGAACCAUCCAGCUCCGGCAAACAGUCGUUACAAGCCCACUUGCUAUGAGCAUGCUGCUAACUGUUACACUCAUGCGUUUCUCAUUGUUCCAGCCAUUGUGGGAAGCACCCUGCUCCAUCGACUUUCUGAUGAUCAGUGGGAAAAGAUAACAGCAUGGAUGUAUGGAAUUGGUCUGUGUGCGCUCUUCAUCGUUUCCACAGUGUUUCAUAUAAUUUCCUGGAAAAAGAGUCAUUUAAGGACAAUGGAGCACUGUUUCCAUAUGUGUGACAGAAUGAUGAUCUAUAUCUUCAUUGCAGCAUCAUAUGCACCAUGGUUAAAUCUUCGUGAGCUUGGACCUUUGGCAUCCCAUAUGCGAUGGUUUAUCUGGCUCAUGGCUGCAGGAGGAGCCACUUAUGUAUUCCUCUACCAUGAAAAAUACAAAAUUGUGGAGCUCUUCUUCUACCUAGCAAUGGGUUUUUCUCCUGCUCUAGUUGUGACCUCCAUGAACAACACCGAUGGACUACAGGAAGUUGCUUGGGGAGGUCUUAUUUAUUGCAUGGGGGUGAUCUUCUUCAAGUGUGAUGGGGUCAUUCCAUUUGCCCAUGCCAUCUGGCACCUGUUUGUUGCCACAGCUGCUGCCGUUCAUUAUUACGCUAUCUGGAAGUAUCUUUACAGAAGCUCUGCAGAUAUCAUCCGUCACUUAUGAUACUAAACACAGAUUUGCGCGCACACAUGGGCACACAUGGCACACACCUACAACCUGCACUAUGCCUCCGACUCAGUAUUACUCAUAUAAAAGAAAUUCUGGGGAAGAGGGGGAAAAUAUUGCACAGGGAGAAAAGCACUGACUUUGUUUUCUGAACACAUUUACUGUGAACUUAAGUGACAAAAAUGUGUCCUAGAAUUACUGUUUGUAUAUGAAGUGCUUAACACACAGUUCUCCAAGCACAUUUCCUUGAGCAGCCCUUAUUGGAAUAAAUAGGAAUCAUGCAAAUAGAGUAUUACACAAUUCCUGUUCAUUUCGUUGUGGCUUGCACAAAAACAUUUCUCUCUUGUAUUAUAUCCACUGUAAGACAGUGAAGGCUGCAGUCAGCAUGCCUAACUUUUGAUUGUGGUUGAAACCAUCAUGCUGCAUUAUCAUUAAUCCAUUCCACAUUAACAGGGAAAACAGUGUAAAAAUUGGCUGGUGGCCUGAUGUUUACAAACUCGUUGUGUGUGUUUUUUAAUGGAUUUAAUGAGUUUCAUUUCUGCAACUUCAAACAUAAACUUUUUAAAUGAUAGUUUUGAAUUUUGAAAGUUAAUACAAUAGCAAAGACUUGGUUCCUUUUUUUAAAAAAAAGUUGCUUUCUAUCACUUUUUCACAAACUAUUUAAUAAAAUGAAGAUUGCAGAUAAAGUUUUACUUUUCCCACUAUCCCCUGUUGUACUGAGGUGACUUUUAUAUAUAAACAGAACAGGUAUUUUAACAGCAUUUUAAAAAUACACACCACUGCUAUUGUACAGCUGUACCUGCAGUGAAACUUUGCAAGAAAGAAUUACAUUCCGCAUACUGUCUUGAUGGAUACUCUUCUUCCAAAUGUUUUUAUGAAAACUGUGGUCGAUAAUGGUAAAUUUCAAAAUUGCUGGGCUGAGCUUUAACCUGCUGUCCUUAGCAGUAAACUGAAUUGCCUAAUUUGGAUUUCUUUAAGAAUACAAGUACAGCUAGCUAACAUGAAUCCAUCAUACAGUGCCAUUUCUAGAGGCAGUUACAUGUGUUGAUGUGAAAGUACCCCAGAAAUGUUGGUUGUAAUAGUUCACGUUACGAGGAACUAAUAGUUUCAAUUUUUAAACUAUAAAGCAGUGGUAAUGGUAAGGGUGUGCAAGACACUUUGGUGCUCACAUAAUCCUUACAGCACAUUCCUAUGCAUGUUUACUCAGAAAUAAGUCUCAUUGUAUUUAGUGGGGCUUACCCCCUAGUAAGUAUGUUUAGGAUUGUAUCCCUGCAGUGUUCAAAUGACUUCUGUUAGCUGUAGCUUUGCUACUUCUAUCAUUUCAGAGAACAUAGCCUAUAACAGUUGCUGAUAACCUUUGAGUAUUAAACUAGGUAGUGGUUCAUCAUACACCCAAAUGGCCUUUUUCAGGGAGGGAAGCUUAAAGAACUUGAAAGGUCUCAUCAGUCUGGGACUUAUAGUAGCAAAACUGGGCUUUAGAUGUGCUGCUUCUUAACAUCUCGGACAAUGAAAUGCUGUAGCAAUUUGAUUGUAGAAAAUGUGCAUUAAAUAACAAGAUGUUAGAAUCCUCAUUAUAUUGAAUGGUGUCCAGUUACUGUAGUGUGUCCCACUGUACUAUGAAUGUCUUAUAUUAAGAUUGAAUUUAUCCUUUUUUUCUAACUUGCUCUUUUUCAUAUCAGUGUUUUAAAAACUAAAAUCAAACAUGUUGCCUUUUUCAGAAUUUAUUCUGGAUAUUUUGCCUGUCAACAAGUAGACCUGUACAAUAUAGGUGUAGGGGGAGGUACCCCCUGCAGUUUUUAAUAUUCUGUAGACUUGCUACUAAGUUGUUGAUAUUUUAGAACUGAGUGCAUUUGUAUAUGAUGGAGGAAGGGAGAAAUGCUCAGAUGAGAUUGAACUCCAGCUUUCACAACAGUAUUAGCUGAUGACUUAGACACUUGUUCCUCAUCAGACACUUUCAAAGCUAUCCAGAAUUCUGCAACAGUGCUACACAAGGUGAUGGCCACUUGGCUUCUGGUUCCUGGCAAGUUUUCAGGAAAGAAAGAAAUUUAGAAAGAGAAUAGCUAAUGGACAUAAAUAUGGUGCUGGUCCCUGGCAUGAAGGGGGGAAUGCCAGUCUCCCACAUCAGAUACCCUAUGAGGCAUUGCUUUAGAAUACACACAGGUGUGGAGAUGUGGUAGCUGUACCAUUUUUAUUUGAAUGCACAAUGGUAGAGAAUGCAGAGGGUCACAUUAAAUUCCUGCAUAAGUAUUUGUAAUGCCUAGGUAGACGCAAUACAGAUUUAACAGAAUGGUGUGAAAACAACAAAACAUUAUAAUAAGAAAUAGUUACUGUGACUAUCUUAGAACAUCUGAAUGCCUCAGUCAUCUUUGUUGUCUCUCCCUUGCUCACUUUUUUGGGGGGGCGGGGGAACCCUAAUGUGUCCGUCUUCGAAUAUAUUCUCCUUUUUUGGCGUGUUUUUGUAUGCUGUUCCAGUGCAGUACUGUUAAGACCACUAAAAUAUAUGUAAAGCUCUCUGCUCUUGUCAGAACUGUGAAACCUGCUCCAAUUAAUUGUGCUACUUUUACGGUGAUUUCUCAUGGUCUUUUAAAAGUGAAAGGUGUUUCGGGUUUUGUUUUGUUUUUUAAAGCUGAACUCACCCAAAAAUAAUUGUAAUUCAGUCUAAUUCAAAAAGGUAUAAAUGUAUUAGAUUAAUGCAAAUAAACAUUUUGUGCAAUUUGGAA